UGAGAGAGUGAGUGAGAGAGUGAGUGAGAGAAAGAGAGAGAGAGAGAGAGAGAGAGAGAGAGAGAGAGAGAGUCACAGAGUGGCUCUUGACAAUGAGAGUGUGUUUUUAUUGCGUGUGGGUAUGUAUGAGGCAAUGGAUGUAAAGAUGAUACAGAGCAAAACAUGAAGGUAUUUGCAUGUAUGCACAUCUACAGAGAACGAAAGAGAGAUAGAAAAAGGCACAGAAGAAGAAAAUGACCGCCAUCCAGUAACAAACGUUUUAAUUACUGGGAUUAUGAGCUUUAAUCUGAUCUGACAUGCUGGUCUAACCCUGGACACACUGACAGGAGGAACACUCUAGAAACCAUGGCAGGUGUGGUCUUUGUAUUAUCCAGCCUGUUAUUACUCCAGACAGUCUCCUCUUGCCCCAAGGAGUGCUCGUGUGACACUCAUGCCAAAGUGGUGGACUGCCGAGGACGAGGAUUAUAUGAUAUUCCAAGUAAACUUCAUCAAGACACCCUGGAGCUGUAUCUUCAAAAUAAUCGUCUGCGAGGCUUGGGUUCCAUGUCCUUUCGAGAGACACCACAACUUCAAAUUCUGGACCUAGCAAACAAUUCAAUCACAACGCUUUCCCCUAGUGCCCUUUUGGGACUUAGAAGCUUAAAGGUCCUCAGCUUGGCCAAUAACUCUAUUCGGGAAGUUGAUAGACGCCUUCUGGUUUCAAUAAGAAAUCUAACCAUAUUGGACUUGUCCUUUAACACCAUAGGUGGUCUACCAGCAGCUUUUGCUGAUAGUUUCCACUUUCUGACACAUCUGUCACUCCAUUACAAUCGGCUAACUAAGCUGGACCGUAUACACCUGGAGGCUCUUGGCAAUCUUAAAAUUCUGCAGCUGAAGGGCAAUCACUGGAGAUGUGACUGUCAUCUGAUAGGACUCAAACUAUGGUUGGAGACAUUUGCCUUCAAAGGUGGAGUGGUCGACAGUGUCACAUGUGUCCAGCCUCAUCUCAUGCUGGAGCGGGACCUCCGGCACAUUCCCUACGAGCUUUUCCACUCCUGCAUGAUCACCAGCUACAGCUACCUGUUUGCUAACAUCCAUUACAUGGACAACAAGCAUCGCAUGAUCAGUGGGCAGCUCCAUCCAAGCCCCAGAUCACCAUCUGGGAGUGAUUUCAGCCCCCAAGGAGAAGCGAUACUCCCUGAGUGUGAGCCCAAGCAGAGAUCCCGACCUGUGAACUACAGACGCGCCAUAGCCACAGUUGUCAUCACAGGAGUGGUUUGUGGAAUUGUAUGUUUGAUGAUGUUGGCAGCAGCUGUCUAUGGAUGUGCGUAUGCAGCAAUUAAUGCCAAGUAUCAAAGGGAGCUGAAGAAGAAAGCGAAAGAGGCGGGUUCAGGAGAGGAGCAGAAAAACAUUGAAAGAGAAGAGGACAAGGAACCUCUGGAGUGACCCGGAAAUCAGCAUCACAAGAUGCACACGAAGCACAAAUACACAUCAGGGUUACACUCAAGAUAAUCUACAUACUGUUGUGUAUCUACAAAGUUACUUUCAAGGCAAGUCAGUGUCCUUGGCAGCCAUAUUAGCAAUGCCCCUAGGGCAGCUAUUUUUUCUAAUUAUGCAGAUACAGCUCCUACCUAAAACGGGAAAGACGCAAAACUCCAAAACUAUUAUUAUUAUUAUUAUUAUAACUUCAAUUAGGCUAGACAGUUGGCUCUUUGCCAGUCAAAACAAAGAGACAUUCUGUUUUAUAGGACACGUUUGUAGAGUUUUCAACCAGUUUUGUAUUAGUAGUAUAUGUAAAUUAGCAAUGUGUACUCUUGCUCUAUGUUACCUAUGGCUAAUGCACUAUGGGUUCUGAAGUAUCCCUACCUUUCAGACAAAAGGGAUUUUUUUCCCUUUUUUCUCUGUUUUCUUCAGUCAUGUAGUAAUAAACACAAAAGCAAUGCCUUCCUAAUUCAUAAACAGCCUAGUUUUAUUAAAAGCUAAUUUUUCUAGCA